AUGAUGAAGAAGAGGAGGAGGAGGAGGAGGAGGUCGCUCUCAUUGAGAGAGACCGACUUCUGUGAUUUUUACCCGGCUUUCCGACAUCGUCAACAUCCUGACGGAGACGCGUUUCAGGGCCAGAGGGCGUGGAUCGAGAGGACCUUUCAGAAGAGGGAAUGCAGCCACAUAUUCCCCAGCAGGGACCCCACCAGGUGCGCCUGCGGUCAGCUGACGGCGCAGCACGUGGCCGUCCCCCCCGGGGCGGGCGGCAGGCCCUCCGAGGAGAACCAGCUGGUGCACAUCGAGACCCCGCAGGAGAAGUGGUCCGUGAUCAAGCACACCAGGACCUUCCCGACGGACGCCUACGGCAUCAUCGAGUUCCAGGGUGGAGGAUUUAUCAACAAGGCCAUGUACAUACGGGUGUCCCACGACACCAAGCCCGACAACCUGCUGCACCUGAUGGUGAAGGACUGGCAGUUGGAGCUGCCCACCUUGCUCAUCUCGGUGCACGGAGGCCUGCAGAACUUUGACCUCCAGCCCAAGCUCAAGCAGGUGUUCGGUAAAGGCCUGAUCAAAGCCGCCGUCACCACCGGAGCCUGGAUCUUCACCGGCGGAGUCAACACCGGUGUGAUCCGGCACGUGGGGGACGCCUUAAAGGACCACUCCUCCAAGUCCCGAGGGAAGGUGUGUGCUAUCGGAAUUGCCCCGUGGGGGAUCCUGGAAAACAAAGAGGACCUUAUUGGAAAAGAAGUGACGAGGCCCUACCAGACCAUGUCCAACCCGCUGAGCAAGCUGGCUGUGCUGAACAACAGCCACUCCCACUUCAUCCUGACCGACAACGGCACCUGCGGGAAGUACGGCUCGGAAGUCAAGCUCCGGCGGCAGCUGGAGAAACACAUCUGCCUGCAGAAGAUCAACACGCGUUUGGGCCAGGGUGUCCCUCUGGUCUGUCUGAUCGUGGAGGGCGGUCCCAACGUGAUCUCUAUCGCCCUUGAGAGCCUGCGGGACGAGCCCCCGAUUCCCGUGGUGGUGUGUGACGGCAGCGGUCGAGCCUCCGACAUCAUUUCCUUCGCGCAUAAGUUCUCCGAGGACGGAGGCUUUGUCAACGACGAUGUCAGAGACCAGCUCUUGGUGACCAUUCAGAAGACCUUCAAUUACAGUAAGAGCCAGUCGCAGCAGAUCCUUCUCAUGGUCAUGGAAUGCAUGAAGAAACGAGAGCUGAUAACAGUUUUCAGGAUGGGCUCUGAAGGGCAGCAGGAUAUCGAGAUGGCCAUUCUCACGGCGCUGCUGAAAGGCACAAAUGCCUCGGCCCCGGACCAGCUGAGUUUGGCCCUGGCCUGGAACAGGGUGGAUAUUGCUCGUAAUCAAAUCUUUGUUUAUGGACACAACUUGCCACCUGCAAACGCCCUGGCCAACACAACGGGCCCCUCCGCAGCUUCCAACCAGGAGCGGCAGAAGAGCCCCGCCAGCGCCCCGCGUAACAAAACCCGGGCGAAGAAGGGCAAGGGGAAGGGCAAGGCCAAGGCUGAACCUCCAGAGGAGACGGACCCCAGGAAGCUGGAGUUAAUCCGCUGGGUGAACUCUCUGGAGCAGGCUAUGAUGGACGCGCUGGUGUUGGACAGAGUGGACUUUGUCAAACUCCUCCUGGAGAACGGGGUCAACAUUCACCACUUCCUCACCAUUCCCAGACUAGAGGAGCUGUACAACACGAAACUUGGCCCCCCUAACACGCUGCAUGUUGUGGUGAGGGAUGUCAAAAAGGGAAAUCUUCCUCCGGAUUAUCAGAUCACAUUGAUCGAUAUUGGUCUGGUGUUGGAGCUGCUCAUGGGUGGUGCUUACAGGAGCAAUUACACCAGGAAGGCCUUCCGUAACCUCUACAAUAACCUAUAUGGACUAAAAAGGCCAAAAGCGCUGAAACUUCUGGGAAUGGAGGAUGACGAGCCGCGCCAGAAGGGCAAGAAAAAGCAGAAGAAGAAGAAAGAGGAGGAAAUUGAAGUAGAUGUGGAUGACCCCGAGGUCUGUCGAUUCAAAUACCCCUUCCACGAGCUGAUGGUGUGGGCGGUGCUCAUGAAGCGGCAGAAGAUGGCGCUGUUUCUAUGGCAACGAGGGGAGGAAGCAAUGGCUAAGGCCUUGGUGGCCUGUAAACUUUACAAAGCCAUGGCCCAUGAGUCUUCCGAGAGCGAACUGGUGGACGACAUCUCCCAGGACCUGGAGAACAACUCCAAGGAAUUUGGCCAACUGGCCUAUGAGCUCUUGGACCAGUCCUACAAGCACGACGAGCAGGUGGCCAUGAAACUUCUGACAUAUGAGCUGAUGAACUGGAGCAACUCCACCUGUCUUAAACUGGCUGUGGCUGCAAAGCAAAGGGACUUCAUUGCCCAUACCUGCAGCCAGAUGCUGCUGACUGACAUGUGGAUGGGCUGCCUCAGGAUCGGCAAAAACCCAGGCCUCAAGGUUAUUCUGGGAAUUAUCUUCCCUCCAUUGAUUCUACUGUUGGACUUCCGCAUUGGAGACGACGCGUCCUAUCAAGGAGCUGUGAGCAAGGAUGAUGCGAAGGAAAAAGAAGAGGACAACAAGUCCAGCAAGGAGGCCAACGCCGAUACAAUUUCCCGAAAGGGGGAUGAGGAGGAAGGUAGCGCUAACGUCCACAAGAUCCCCAUCGGCAAGAGGGUCUUUGAAUUUUACAAUGCGCCUUUCACCAAGUUCUGGUUCAACACUAUUUCCUAUCUGGGCUAUCUGAUGUUAUACAACUACAUCAUCUUGGUAAAGAUGGAGCGAUGGCCAUCCAUGCAGGAGUGGAUUGUGAUUGCGUACAUCCUGACGCUUGGAACGGAGAAAGUCCGACAGAUUCUGAUGUCAGAGCCGGGGAAGCUGAAGCAGAAGAUAAAUGUAUGGCUGGAGGAGUACUGGAACAUCACUGACCUGGCGGCUAUCGCCACCUUCCUUCUCGGCCUCAUGCUACGGCUGCAGCACGAGCCCUAUAUGGGCUACGGCAGAGUCAUCUAUUGCAUAGACAUCAUCUUCUGGUACAUUCGAGUACUGGACAUUUUCGGAGUCAACAAAUACCUGGGACCCUACGUUAUGAUGAUAGGGAAAAUGAUGAUUGACAUGAUGUACUUUGUGGUGAUCAUGCUGGUGGUGCUUAUGAGUUUUGGGGUGGCACGCCAGGCCAUCCUGCACCCUGACGAGGAGCCCACAUGGCGCCUGGCCCGAAACAUCUUCUACAUGCCCUACUGGAUGAUCUAUGGAGAGGUUUUUGCGGACUCGAUAGACCUAUAUGCAAUGGAAAUCAACCCUCCUUGUGGUGAGCACUUAUAUGAUGAGGAUGGGAAGAAACUGCCUCCGUGCAUCCCUGGGGCUUGGCUCACACCUGCCAUCAUGGCCUGUUACCUGCUUGUGGCCAACAUCCUGCUGGUCAACCUGCUCAUUGCCGUGUUCAACAAUACCUUCUUCGAAGUCAAGUCCAUUUCCAACCAAGUGUGGAAGUUCCAGAGAUAUCAGCUGAUCAUGACCUUCCACGACCGUCCCAUCCUGCCUCCGCCUCUCAUCAUCUUCAGCCACCUCUACAUCCUCUUCAGCAGGCUCUUCCGACGCUGUUCCAAGAAGAAACAGGAGGGGGAAUUAGACGAGAAGGACCGCGGCCUCAAGCUGAGACUAAACCCAGAGGAGCUGAAAAAUCUGUAUGAGUUUGAGGAACAGUGCGUGGAGGAAUAUUUUCGCGAAAGGGAGGAUGAGCAGCAAUCCUCCAGUGAUGAGCGCAUCAAGGUUACCUCCGAAAGGGUUGAGAAUAUGUCCAUGCGUCUGGAGGAGGUUAACGAGAGGGAGAACACCAUGAAAGCUUCUCUGCAGACGGUGGACCUGCGUCUGGCCCAGCUGGAGGAGAUUCACGGUCGAAUGGCAGUUGCGCUGGAAAAGCUCGCCGGGGUGGACAGGUACGAGCUAACCCGCACCUACUCGAGGAACUCGGCUGUGUGCGACAACUCCCUUCUUCGCCAAGGCAGCAUCAAUAGCGCCGAUGGUUAUAGCCUUUACCGCUUCCACAUGGACAUGGAGGAACAUGCGGCCAAGCAGAAGGAGGCUGAUGAACUGGCCACCACUGGCCUGGAAAGACAGAGGAGCAUGCACCAAGUUUCCAGCGUUUCUGCUCUUGGCACUAAAGAGUACGGUCAGACUUUGAGUGUUGGCGGUGCGGAGAGAAUGCGGCCCAGCUCGUGCGUGGACAUACUAAUAUCACCAUGUGAGCCGAAGCCUUUAUCUGAGACAGAAAGUAGUGAGUCGAUCACAAAUAAAGACUCAGAAUUGUCCCCAGACGGUGGAGAUCCACUGAAAAAGGCACUACGGAAAUCAGCUCGACCAACAGAGAUGGACAGAAAUAAGCUAAGGCCGACCCUCUCCUCUCCAAAGAGGGCUAAAUCUCUGAGAUACCCCGUAGAGGGCCUAAACACAUCCCCUAUCACAAAAAGGAGGACUAUGAGUACCUCAAUUAUCGGCCCACCUGAUCCACAGAAUGAAGAGCCGGAGAACACAGCGCCAACCUCAGAGAAGGCCAAACUACAGCUAGCCCCCUCCUCCUCUCCAAAGAGGACCAAGUCUUUAAGAUACUUUCCUUCUGAAAGCCAAAGCACCUCCCCUACAACUAAGAAGAGGACUAUGAGCACUAUCGUCUUCAACCCAGCUGACAAGGACGAUGAAACACUGCAAACACCAAAUCAGUGGCCGGCCGACUUGGAAUAUAAGGUCCACUCCAGCCUCCUUGGACAGACGCCCAAAGUGUCUAUGGUCAAGACUCUUGCCCAGCAGCUUGACCUUGCCACCACGCUUACAGGGCCUAAACAACCCGAUCAUCAGACUGAUCAGACACCCGUACAAAAUGAGGUAACUCAGCCGGCAGGGGAGCCCAAGGAAGGCCAGGCAAACAUGCAGGAGAACAGAAGGCCAAAAGACAGUACAGAUUACCUAACUGUGGCUGAUGGAAAUUAUUUGCCAUCUCACAGGUCACAGAGCUGGAACGCCAGCGAGAGGAAAGCGAAGGGCUUGUGUGUCAGCUCAGCGCCCAGAGCCUCUAGCAGUGAGAGAGACAUCGUUCACACUUGUAAGGUCUCAGCGGAUAAAUGUGAGGACGAGAAACAAGUGACCAGAGAGCCGGAGACGAGAGAUGACGAAGCACAGGAUAAGAAAGGCCUGGAAGAAGUGUGAGACUGAGGGAGGAGGGACUGCAUGAAAAGAAAGAACAGAAUAAAGGUACAGACUGGGUGGUGAACCGGAAGAAAAAGAACAAUAACGACAGGUGCGGCGUGAGAACCGGAGGAGAGCAGGAUCGAAUGGUGACGGCAAAAGCAAGAACUCGGAAACUGGAGUCAGCUCUGAGACAAGACUACUGACCUAGUGUUUUAAAAUGGUUUUCCUGGGGCGUCUGGGUAGCGCGGUGGCCUAUUCAGUUGCCUACCAAUAUGGGGAUCGCCAGUUCGAAUCCCGUGUUACCUCCGGCUUGGUCGGGCGUCCCUACAGACACAAUUGGCCAUGUCUGCAGGUGAGAAGCCGGAUGUGGGUAUGUGUCCUGGAUGCUGCACUAGCGCUUCCUCUGGUCGAUCGGGGUGCUUGUUCAGGGAGGAGGGGGAACUGGGGGGGGGGGGAUAGCGUGAUCCUCCCAUGCGCUACGUCCCCCUGGUGAAACUCCUCACUGUCAGGUGAAAAGAAGCGGCUGGUGACUCCACAUGUAUCGGAGGAGGCAUGUGGUAGUCGGUAGCCCUCCCCGGAUCAACAGAGGGGGUGGAGCAGAGACCGGGGCAGCUCGGAAGAGAGGGGUAAUUGGCCAAGUACGAUCGGGGAGAAAAAAGGCGGGGGGAUGGUUUUCCUGAUAAUGUAGAAAACAGAUUGACGGUCUUCCCUCACCAAAUCAACAACAGUCAACCACGCAAUGAAGUAUUCAUAUUAGCCGUCAGUGUAGAGAAGUUACAAACACAAACACCUUCCCUUUCAAAGAUCCACUUUCUUUUGUCUUUACUGUCACAGUUUUGUUUAACAUAGUAUACACAGCGAUCCCUUCUCAUUACAGCUUUGCCAAGUACUAGUGUGUUCAUCUUGGAGGGAAAUUGUAAAGAGAAGUUGUUUUAUGUAAACAAUAUAAGGGAUAAAUAAAGGUUACACAGUCAAUUAUGUAUGGACACAUGACUGAGCAUAUAUGUACUGUUUGAAUUAUAUAGAUAUCAUGUUUUUCCUGUGGUAAAAUGUGCUUAAUCACAAACCACCUACCCGAGCUCCAAUGUUACUCCAUGCAUAAACAAUGACAAUGCUGUAUCAUAUAUAUCUAUAUAUCUAUAUAUAUUAAUUCAAGCUCUUUUCAGGAAACAAGCAAGUCUUUUUCACUCUUAAACUGACACUCUAACCCGUAAAAAUAACAUACAGGUUAGUAAUUAUGAACAAUACUAAUAAGUCGUUAAGUAGUAUAUCAUCAUUACUAAUAAUGCAAAUAAAUAAUCACACAUGAAAAUGGUGAAUACAGUACACUUAUUCGUCAGAAACGUCUGUCUUCUCUGAAGUUACUCCUCCUAUAUGGCACAGAUACACGAUAACAAAGAGACCAGUGCAAAUGCAGCCUGGACACUGACAUUCAUAACCUAAUAAAGACAAUUUAUUUGCUCUCAAUAUCUCGAUGAAAUGCCUACCCGAGAGCAUCUCGAUAAGCGUACACAGCACAAGAUAGUAUGCGCGGACAAACAAGCACAUGACGAGAAAAAAUCUCAAUAUUGUAGGUCUAUUUGUUUUAUGAGCGGUAAGACGGCUGUGGUUGGUUUGUGAGACUCCUUCGCCAAGAGGGAACGAGAGGGGGCCAUUCCAGCACAUCCCCGUGUUUUCUGAGCAAAGCACUGUGCAGGGCCGGCGUGUUGUUGACCAUCACACACACACACACAUGACUUUGAACUGGGUAUAUAUAUAUAUAUAUAUAUAUAU